CUGACAGCAGGUUUGUCUGUCUACACUCACAGCUCUCUCUAAGAGGAGACACAGGAGCACGACUGAGGCCGUUUAUGAGGAAAUUCAUCACAGACACCGUCACUUCACUCAGAGGGGAAGUGUCCUUUCUACUGAACAGCAUUCUGGGUAUGAAGAUGCUGAUGAGCUUCUUUCAGCAAAUUCUGCAGUAGGAGCCGCUCCUGACUACUGCAAUGACGUCAUCACCACUGAAGGGCCGAAAGGUCAGUGACUUUAACUGACUUCACUAAAUUAAAUGAACUAUUGGGCCUCUGAAUAGUAAAAUCAAAAUCAGUUUCUGUUUAUUUCCUCUUUACUAUUAACUCAUUUAGAAGAGCAGCAAAUCACACCUGAGAAUUAUGAUGAUAUAAUCACUGUUGGACUGAGACCUCGUGAUACGGAAAACUAUGAUGAUGUCAUCAUUGUACGACAAUUCUCCAAUGAUAAAGCAGAUGGUGUUCAGGAGGAUUAUGAUGAUGUGAAGAGUGUCAGGGAGUGUAUGAGUGACAUUUUUGACUAUGAUGAUGUGGGGGAGGAGCCAGGAAAACAGGGAGGGACUGUAUAACUCAAACCACACCCACUGCUUUAAAUCCUUUUAAAGCUUUUAAGUGAUCUGAAACAUUUCUAUGAUGUAGAUUUGGCAAUUUGAGAGAAGAAAAAAUCCUAACAGUUAAUCAGUUUGUAUAUAAUUGUAAUGAUUUCAGAUGCUUCACCAUUUAACUUCCACUGUCCCAGUCUUUAACAUUUUACAACUUAAAAACAUCAUACUUAAAAAAAAUAUAUUCCUUUUGAAUGUAGACCCACUGAUAGUGUACACAAUAUUUUGCUAAAUAAUGUACUUUGGGAAACAAGUUUACAAACAGCAGCUGUGGUCAAGGAUCUUUACCUCAAAAGAAUGUAAAGACUCUUUGAACUGAGCAGAAGAGCUUGUUGUUCACUUUAUGUCCUGCAGAGUGUUUUGUGACAGUCAGACAUUGAUACAUGGCAUGCAUAUGUUUGAUUUAUGUACUUGUUUUAUAUUUGUGUCCAAUUUAAUUGCUGGUUUGAAUUGAUUUGAAUGUUUUCUGUCUGUUUACCAUUAAAAUCAGACUGACUGUGUGCAUGGAUAUUAUGUCAUUAUUAUUAUCAUUAUUGUGAAACUGGGGAAUGUUACAAGACAUUUUGUUUCAAACUUUUUUUUUUGCACACAAAAUGCAAAAUUCAAUAAAAGUCUAUGAAAUAUUGUACACUGUUAUUCAGGAGUAGUUUGAUGUGUCUCUCUGUCUUAGUGUUUUUCGUCAGCAGUGCUUGUGUCUGACUUUGGCGCUGUAUGUACUCUGAAGUGUCUGACAAUUCUACUGAUGUCCACAGUCGUCACACUCACCAGUGCAGUCUUGUGUGCAGGCAGUGUGAGGUUGGUUGGAGGUCACGGUCUCUGUGCUGGUAGAGUGGAGGUUCAGAAAAACAACGAGUCUGAUCUGUCAAGAGCUGAACUGUGGAUGAUCUGGCAAUGAACCCAGAUAUUCAGUGGGCCUGAGAUCUGCUCCUAAUUGGUUAGAUCAUCUUAAAUGUCGAAAACAUGACAUUGUGGUAGUGUCCAUCUUUACCCUGGGGACAGAACAACUGUGUGUCCUGAAAUGUGUGGUGCUGCAGCUGGACUAGGACAACAGAAAGCAGUGUUGGGCUUUGAUGCUGUAAAUAAACUGGAGAGUUUCCUGUCUCCUGUAACAGCGAGUGUGAUUGGAGGGUGUUGGACCUCUUUCUCUCUCAUUAAGGGGUGUGAGAGGAUGCCUGUACUUCUGUAUCAUCAGUGCGGAGAAGCUUGAACUGGAUGUUGAAUUAAUCAAGCAGAGAGAGAUGGAGAGAUGCCUGACACUCAUUUUACUGACUACAGCUGUAAAACUCAUCACAGCUGAUCUCUGCUCAGUUUUCACAUGGCAAAAAAAAUCCAUGUGUCUGUGAGGUUGGUUGGUGGUCACAGUCGCUGUUCUGGUAGAGUGGAGGUUCUUCAUAGAGGUCAGUGGGGAACAGUGUGUGAUGAUUUCUGGGACCUUAAAGAUGCUGCAGUGGUGUGUAGAGAGCUGAACUGUGGAGAACCUGUAGAUGCUCUGGGUGAUGCUCAUUUUGGACAAGGAUCAGGACCAGUCUGGAUGAGUUAUGUCAUGUGUACUGGAUCGGAAUCUACACUGAAGAACUGUGGGGGAUUGGGAUGGGAUAAACGCAACUGUGAUCAUACUAAAGAUGCUGGGGUCAUCUGCUCAGAAGUCAGGCUGGUUGGAGGUUCUCGCUGCUCUGGGAGGUUAGAGAUACUUGAUGAUCAGACGUGGGUUUCAGUGUGUGCUGCUGCCUUUGACCAGCAGGAUGCAGAGGUUGUGUGUAGAGAGCUGGACUGUGGGGCUCCUGUACAGGUGCUGGGAGAAGAUGCUUUUGGCAAAGGAGACGCUCAGAUGUGGACACAAGAGAUUCAGUGCAGAGGAAAUGAGUCUCAGAUUCACCUCUGUUCAACAUCACCAUCACACCAAAACAACUGUUCUUGUGAACACAACAUUGCUUUGCUUUGUACUGACAAAAGGAAUGUGAAACUGGUUAAUGGUACCAGUCGCUGUUCUGGUAGAGUGGAGGUUCUUCUUAGAGGUCAGUGGGGAACAGUGUGUGGUGUUGGCUGGGAUUUGGCUGAUGCUGCAGUGGUGUGUAGAGAGCUGGACUGUGGAGAACCUGUAGAUGCUCUGGGUGAUGCUCAUUUUGGUCUGGGAUCAGGACCAAUCUUAAUAAAAAAUCCAAUGUGUAAUGGAUUAGAGUCUACACUUAAGACAUGUGGAUCCAUGCAGUCAAGCAUUCAUGAUGAUGAGUGUCUUGAUAAGAGCGCUCAAGUCAUUUGUUCAGAAGUCCGACUGGUUGGAGGUUCUCGCUGCUCUGGGAGGUUAGAGAUACUUCAUAAUCAGACGUGGAUGUCAGUGAGUGCUGCUGCCUUUGACCAGCAGGACGCAGAGGUUGUGUGUAGAGAGCUGGACUGUGGGGCUCCUGUACAGGUGCUGGGAGAAGAUGCUUUUGGAAAAGGAGACGCUCAGAUGUGGACACACGAGAUUCAGUGCAGAGGAAAUGAGUCUCAGAUUCACCUCUGCCCAAAAUCACCAUCACACAAACACAACCGUUCUCAUUACAAUGAUGUUGGACUUAUGUGUGCAGAUAAUAUGAGAGUGAGGUUGGUUGGUGGUAACAGUCCUUGUGCUGGUAGAGUGGAGAUUCAUCAUAGAGGUCACUGGGGAACAGUGUGUCAUGAGGACUGGGAUAUGACUGAAGCUGCAGUGGUGUGUAGAGAGUUGGACUGUGGAGAACCUGUAGAUGCUGUGGGUGACGCUUAUUUUGGACAAGGAUCAGGACCAAUCUGGACACGUCUUAUGUUAUGUACUGGAUCAGAAUCAACGCUGAAGUACUGUGCAUCAAUACAAUGGGGUUUUUAUGACUGCGAUCACUCUAAAGAUGCGGGAGUCUUUUGUUCAGGUGUCAGGCUUGUUGGAGAUUCUCGCUGUUCUGGAAGAGUGGAGGUUUUUCAUGGGAACACCUGGAAUUCAGUGUGUGCUGCUGCCUUUGACCAGCAGGAUGCAGAGGUUGUGUGUAGAGAGCUGGACUGUGGGGCUCCUGUACAGGUGCUGGGAGAAGAUGCUUUUGGCAAAGGAGACGCUCAGAUGUGGACACAAGAGAUUCAGUGCAGAGGAAAUGAGUCUCGGAUUCACCUCUGUCCAACAGCACCAUCACACAAACACAACUGUUCACAUGAUAAUUACCAGGGGCUGCUCUGUGCUGGUGAAAAAAAUGUGAGGUUGGUGGGUGGUAACAGUCGCUGUGCUGGUACAGUGGAGAUUCAUCAUAGAGGUCAGUGGGGAACAGUGUGUCAUGAUUUUUGGGAUUCGGCUGAUGCUGCAGUGGUGUGUAGAGAGCUGGACUGUGGAGAACCUGUAGAUGCUCUGAGUGAUGCUCAUUUUGGACCAGGAUCAGGACCAAUUUGGGUGAAUACUAUUUUAUGUGCUGGAUCAGAGUCUACAGUGAAGAACUGUGGGUCAUCAGGAUGGAGCAUACAUGUCUGUACUCACAGUUUGGAUGCCGGGGUCAUCUGUUCAGGUCAUAAACCUUCCAGACUUGUUAGUGGUUCUCACCUCUGCUCUGGGAGGUUAGAGAUACUUGAUGAUCAGACGUGGGUUUCAGUGUGUGCUGCUGCCUUUGACCAGCAGGAUGCAGAGGUUGUGUGUAGAGAGCUGGACUGUGGGGCUCCUGUACAGGUGCUGGGAGAAGAUGCUUUUGGAAAAGGAGACGCUCAGAUGUGGACACAAGAGAUUCAGUGCAGAGGAAAUGAAUCUCAAAUUUCAUUCUGUUCAAUAUCACCAUCACAGAAACACAACUGCACCAGUGACAAUACUGUGGGCCUGAUCUGUUCUGUUUACACAGAGGGCAAACUGAUGAACGGUUCAGACUCUUGUUCUGGAAGAGUGGAGCUUCAGUUCCUCAGUAAGUGGGGCACAGUGUGUGAUGCAUGCUGGGAUAUGAGAGCUGCCAGUGUCCUCUGUAGGCAGCUGAAUUGUGGGAUUGCUGUGUCUGUUGUGGGAUCAGACUGGUUUGGAGAAGGAAGUGGUGAAAUCUGGGCUGAUGUGUUUGAUUGUGACGGGAAUGAAACAAAACUCUCAGAAUGUUCCAUCUCUUCAUGGAGUCGAGCUGAACGUUCACAUAGACGAGAUGUUGGAGUCAUCUGCUCUGGUAAACUGGUUUGACAUUAUGCUACUGAAAAACUUUCUAUAUAAUAUAUAAGCACUUUUUUAUAAUGCUGUAGCACAAUUCUUAUUUUAGUAAUAAAAUAAUAAAUAAAAAAAAGAUCUUCCCUCCAGGCUCCUCUCUGGCUGUUCAUGACGGUCUGGUGCGGUUGUCUGGAGAGAGACAGUGUGAGGGGGAGGUGGAAGUUUCCAUCCAUCAGGUCUGGAGGAGAGUUCUGCUGGACUCCUGGAGUCUCACUGAAUCCUCUGUGGUCUGCAGACAGCUGGGCUGUGGCUCUGUGCUGAACUUCUCCGGCUCCUCUUCAUCCAGUCCUGAACACAGUCAUGAGUGUGUGACGGGCUUCCAGUGCUCUGGGAGUGAAGCUCAUCUGGGGAACUGCAG